AUGGAUUCGGACCUUGUUCUGUUAAAUAAGGUGGAUUCUUUGAAGAAUAGAAAUCCUAGAUCUGUUUAUGCCGAAUAUGAGUUAAGUAUAGUGAAUAAAAUAAUAUUGCUACUGAGCGGUUACGACACUAGUCCCUUCUAUGACACCAGCGUUGAACUGGGGAGUUUUUAUCAAGUAGGAAAGUAUCCAGACGUGCUAAAAAUAGCAGAAAAAGUGAACACCCCUCACGUUUCAGCCUCCGCAAUCACGUCGCUCCUGAAUGAGUUUGCACAUUUCGGAUCAGGAAUACAUCUCCUUAACAGAUUGAACGACGCACUAUCAGAAGCAUACAAGGACUCUAAAGGCAAACCAGUGGCUCCAUCGUUAAUAGUGUUGAUGUUGGAAGAAGCGACAGUGCUGAAUGGCCAUGAGCACGGACCGAAAGAAAGCUACGACUGGUACUGGAAGGAAAACUUCGAGGGCUUCUGCACGGCGAUUAACGUCAUCUUCAACGACUGGCGCCUGAUCAUGUUCAGAAUCCAGGAGAGGUACCUGAAGAAGGUUUACAGCCAGAACGAAGAAUGGAUGCCGCAUCCGGACUUCAUCAGGAACCUGGACGAGCUCACGUCGCCAGUAUUUGAGCUGUUUGACAAACACAAGUUUGUAUCGGACUCCAGGGAUAGCAGGAUCUUGGACCUCUACGUAAACAUAAUGCCCUUCUUGGAGAUAAUGGAGAGUCUGACGAACCUGAUUGAGCUUUUUCUGAACUAUCUGAAAAACAACAGCAUCGACAAGAGCGAAAUGCCAAACGCAAUGUUGACCCUGUUGAUGGUGAAGCUCCGCACCUCUGAAAUGACGAACGACAGGAGACUGACGAGGAUGUGGAGGUUCCUGCUCUACUAUGCGUUCAGGGACAGGAAGGACUACGUGCUGACGCUGACCACGCAGAACAUGUUUACAAUAUUCGAGGAAGUUAACGCCACGGCAAGACAGAUAUCGGAAAACAUAGAGGCUUUGGACCCAACGAGUUCGAGAAAGAACCACAAGGCACUGUUCGACAAGGACCUAAAGAAGAACCUGUUGCGAAUAUGUAGCAUAGACUCGGAUUCAAUUGAGUUUAAGAUGAUAAGUUACCUAAACCUCAAGUUUAAAAAGUUUAUUGCCCUCGGGAUGGGUAUGACUGAGUCUAUAUUGAGGAACAAGUACAAAUAUCAUCACUAUUUGUACCUUUUUAAUUGUAUCGCACUAUCACGGUUCGGUGACAAUGCUUUUAGAACUAAAAGUAUUUUGAAGGAAAAGAGGAUCAAAUCACUGUUUGAAAGAAUCUGUGAAGAUCAGCUGAACAACGCUUCAUCAAUACUAUCACAACUUGAUAUGGAAGAACUUGGUUACAUCAUGGCCAGAAUUAAGAUAGACCGUGUUCGUGAUAAGUACGUGAUUGGGGUAGUUGGAAGGCGUGCCUCAGUGUUAUUUCUUGAGGAGACCAUGGAGAUGUACUCUGCGAUUUUUAAUCAUGUUCUUGAAUUCCUGAGGUUUAAAGAGAAGGUUGAGGCGCUGAUUAACGACUGCAAGUGGAGGACGAAUAAAAAUACACACAGAGCUCCACAAAUACUCUUCAUACUCACAAGUCUGAGCAAUAGUCUCGUGAUAUACUUUAAACUCAUCAUGGACCACUUCUGGGACGACGUAAACAGAGUGAACCACGGAACGACCAUGGAAGAAAUUAAGAGGAGGCACCUGAACCAUUUGACAGUACUGUACGCAUUCUUGUUUGUUCCUGGGCGUUCAGAAAUGUAUUUUAGCCCGAAAGCAAGGGUGAUCGCAGAGUCAAUUGAUAAAAUUUUUAAAACGUCCAGCGCGUUAACGUCGUCAACAGCGAUUGACCUUAUAAGUAACUCAGAGACCAAUGACAAGAUAAAAGCACAUUUCGACGAAAUAGUCUACACCUUGGACGCGGAUUUGAUAGACGAAUUUGUGGAUUAUGAGAGCUGGAGCAUGUUCUCGGACUAUAAACACAGCCCCGCGCCCACUGCUUGUGCAAAAACAGCCCUUCAUGGCACUUUAAGUUUACUUAAAAGCCUGUUGUCAUUUAAUCACACACCUGAGUGA